AAGAGCGUCUUUUUGUUACAGAGUUUCUACUAUCCCAGGUAUGAUGGACUCUUGGCAAACUCUGCUGUAUUUUUUUGUUGUUUUUGUCAAAGUUGUUCAAGCGAAACAGUUUUUACCGUUGGAAUAUGAUGACCCAUCGUCAACAGCUUAUACCAACCUCUCUAAUGACUAUCAUAAAUUUAUGAGAAAACUCUUAUGGGCAAAUUUUCGCCGUCCCAUAGGCAGUGGAAAUCGUUUUUUUCUCAAGAAAAAGGAGAGGUCGUGCGCGAAAAGAUGUAACGAAAUACGCAAGCCUGAUAGCUUUUGCCAUUGUGACGUGUUAUGUGCUUUAUUCAAAGAUUGUUGCAUCGAUUAUUGGCCAAGUUGUAACAUAACAGCAAAGCAGUUUAACCGAACAACCCAACAACUAUGGCAAUGCAUCAACACGGAAAUUAUUCAAGCAAAAAGUGGAAGACGAUUAGCACCAAGCGCCUAUAUGAUGAUAAAUCGUUGCCCAGCAACCCACAUAAGAGCAAAUGACAGUAGGGCAAGCUGUACAAAUUCACAAUCGAAUUGUGAAAACCCUCUCGAGCAUAUUCCGGUAGUGGACGAAGACAGGAACACAUAUAGAAGUAAAUAUUUUGCCAGCUGUCAUGGAAUACGAAAUGUUAGCUACUGGGGCGUUACUGUAGCGUGCCUAGAUCCCAUUCAGAAUGGAACAAAUCUCGAAUACGGAAGUCCAUACCUUCGAGAGAAUUGCAGCUGGUAUUUAUCUCCGGGGGAGAACAUUACAUCAGCUCAACCCUGCACGCUUUCAACUCUUUGCAAAGCAGUUGUUACGACAAAAGAAUCCAAAAAAUUUAAAGACAUUGCAAACAAAUGUAAAUCUUAUUCCCAGAUAGUAGUAGCAGGAAGUGCAGUAUAUAAGAACUUUCACUGUGCGUCUUGUAAUGGAAAAUUAGUGAUAGAAUUCAAGAAGCCUGCUGUCAACGUCAAAAAACCGUCGUUAUCAUUGUUUUUCGACUACAAAACACUUUCCCAAGAUUCACAACAUCAUCCCGGUGAAAUGCCUACAGAUGACGAAACUUUACAUGACGUCAUACAAAGAUACUUGACUGUGAUUGGUUUAUCAUUAUCAAUCACGUGCCUGUUAGCUGUCGUAAUAACCUACACAAAAUUCAAGGUGUUGAGAACACUCCCAGGUCUUAUGCUGUUAGGUCUUUCUGCAUCAUUGAUAGCUUAUCAGAGUUUAUUAUUGGCCAAUCCUUACGUCACACCAAAAAGCCCAAAAUGCAAAGCGAUGGCUAUCUUGUUACAUUUCACCAUAAUUCUUUCUUUUUCUUGGAUGUCUGUCAUGAGCUAUGAUGUAACAAAAACAUUCUCUCGAAAAGGAAGGAACAUAAAGUCUUCCUUUCAUAAGUAUGUCAUCAUUGCUAUCGUGAUGUCGCUCGUCAUUGUGGGAUCGGCUGUGAUAUUGCAAGAAACCGGUGCUAUAGAUAUCGGCUAUGGUAAAACGUCAUCGUGUUGGAUUGGAGGGGUGUUACCAAUGAUACUAUUCUUCUAUAUUCCCGUGGGUCUUAUGCUUGUCUUCAACGCAUUAUCUUUGAUUUGGACAAUAAUCAGCAUAGAAAAUGUUAGAAAGCUCUCUCAAGGUCUUAAUAAGUCCGUGAACUCCGAGAAUCGAUGGCAAAACGUGAAAAUAUAUGUAAAGCUAUCCGUAAUGAUGGGUAUUACCUGGUUCUUUGGUUAUGGUGCUCCUCAUAACAUUGUCGUAGCGUAUAUUUACAUCAUUGUUAACAGUUUUCAAGGUUUCACUUUCUCAUAAGGAACACCAUGAACUUUCAAUUCAACGUCCAUAACAAGAAAUGAGA